AUGGGUGCUAUGUGUUCGCAGCAGAACCAAUUCCUCGACAAGGAGGAGUAUAAGCUGCAGCUCGAAAAGAAUCGGAAGAUCGAGAUGGAGUUGGAGAACGACAAAAAGCAGAAGAUCCUCAAGCUUCUCAUUUUGGGACCUGGCGAGUCCGGCAAGAGUACGACCAUCAAGCAGAUCAAAAUAAUUCACGACGCGGGCUACACACACGAGGAGAAGAUUCUUCGAAAAUACGGGAUUUACAUGAAUAUUCUCGAAGGUGUCGAGGAGCUUCAUCACAUCGCCACCAGAGAGAAUAUGGUCUACAGUAAUCCACUGUCAUUUGAUCAUGUUCAAGAGGUCAAGCAGUUCAUCGAGAUGUUCAAGAAGGCUGAGGAUGGCGAGCAGGCGAUUGCUCCAGACGUCUCAGAAGCAAUUAUAAAGUACAUAAAGGAUGAAACGAUUGCCCAUAUGCUCCGCGAAAAGACUGUGUUCAACAUCGACGACUCGACCAUCUACUUCCUCAAAAAUUUUCAAAGAAUCAUCGCUCCUGACUACAUUCCCACAGAGGAGGAUAUUCUCAAAAGUCGCGUUCCCACAUCGGGCGUCGUCCAAUACAAAAUAGUUCUUAAAAAUUUCAAUUUUCGCAUUUUCGACGUUGGCGGUCAACGCGCGCAGCGACGAAAAUGGCUGCACGUGUUCGAUGAUGUGCACGCGGUGCUCUUCAUCACAUCACUUUCCGAGUACGAUCAGGUCCUCAGGGAAGACAAUAGUGUGAAUCGGAUGAAGGAGUCGCUGAAUCUGUUCGAGAAGAUCUGCAACGGCAAGUACUUCCACAACACCGCCAUGAUUCUGUUCCUCAACAAGAUCGAUCUGUUCGAAAUCAAGAUUCAACACACCAAUAUCAAUGUGGCGCUGACCAGCUACAAAGGUCCGCAAGAAAAAGAGCCAGCUCUCGACUACAUUCGACGGCGAUUCGUGAGCCUCAACAAGAACAAAAAGCGCAAUAUUUAUGAGCAUGUGACGUGCGCCACCGACACCGGACAGAUUCAGGUUGUAAUUGAUUCAGUUAUCGACGUUGUCAUUCAGCACACAAUGCAAAAAGUUGGAAUCCAAUAA